AUGAGAACAGCAGCAGCGAGAGCUCUCGGCAAGCUGCUGGCUCCUUCUCAUCGGCCAAUACCCAUACCCCCAUCACAGCCUGGCUGUUCGAGAUGGCUCACUUGCACCUGCUGCCGGACGCAGACCUACUUCUCGCCGAACAACACUCGGACCAUACAAACUUCAGCCAAGGCACCAGAGCCCGAACCUCCAGCUCAGGAAUCAAAGGCGCACUACCUCCCCCUCCCUCCUCGCCUCCCUUACUCCCCCACCUCGGUCCCCUUCAAGCGGCACCUCGAGAUACUCUCCCUUUCUGCGCUCUCGUCCACUCAGGACGAAUCCUGGCGGGUCUACCUCUCCCUCCAUUCCUCCCUUCGCCGAUACAUCCCUGACGACACAUUUCGCUCGCUCCUCGCACAUCAGCUGUCCAAUUCCUGGCCGAAACAACGAUGGGUCCGCUCGCGCGCCCUCAUCGAAUUCGGACAGAGCUGCGGCAUGAGGUUGGAAACGCUGGGUACGGAGGUUCUCGGGAAAGCGCUGGAGGCGGGGUUGAAAUAUGCGGUGGAUCUUAAGACGGAUUACGGUGGAAUGGCGAGGAUCCUGGAGGCGUUAUGGGCGGCACUAGCGAGGGUCAAGAAAGGCGAUCUGUCGUCGGUCGGGAAAAAGACACGGAAGAUGUGGCUGGAGUUCCACCUCCGCGCGAUUGCGGAGUGGAAGAUGCGGAAGGGACGCGGGGCGAGCGAGUAUCCUCUGCGGCGACCUCCGGAGGUUGUCAGAGAGAUGGUGUCUUUUGGCGCCGCGAAGGAUACGGAGGAGCUGCUGGAUGAGCUGCUGAAGAGUGGGAGGGAGGACGCGAAGGAGGCGCUGGAAGUGGGGUUUUGGUGCUGGACCAGAGGAGUGGACAUCUCGGACACGACGGUCGAGUGGUGGAUGGUGCAACUGCACAAGCAGGGGCAGUAUGAUUUGCGCGAGACAGUGCAGGAGGCGGGGCGGAAUGCGGAGCAGGAGGUCGGGGAACGGAUCGAUCGGGUGCUCGUGAGCGCUUUGCAGCGGCUCGAGCCGCGAGCGGUUAGGGCGGCACGGCUCCUCGCCCAAACACCACCGGCGGCGGUCGACAGCUUGAUCGUCCUCGGAUUCAAGCUUCUUCAGGGCCCACCCGCGGACCUGGAAGCAGCUAUCGACAUCUGUCAGCGCCUCGUCGAUACGCGCGGAGCGGACGCGGAGAAGCUAUACCACGCUCUGGCGGCAAGGGUGUACGCUUUAGCCGAUUUCCCUAUGGAAGCCACCAUCAUCCGGCUCGCCGAUACCCUCCUCUCUGCCUCGAAGGAUCCCAUCUACCACCGGCUCAUCCUGCACAGCCUCCUCCCCCUCAGCACGCCCGAGGCGUACACUUCCGCCCGGCGCGUCUAUUCCGUCGCUCGGGCAUCCGGAUACAAGUGGACUCUGGCGAAUCAACCGGCAUGGCGGACACUCUUCCACCAAGCUGUCGACAAUCGUCAUCUCCACUUUGCGUCCCGGCUCUACGCCGAUCUGCUCGCGGACGGGCGCAGAUCCAGUCGGCAGGACCUGCUGGCCAUGAUCCGCUCGGUCUGCAUGAGCAAGAGCGCCUCUCGUCCUAUUCUUUUGGAACGGUACCUCCGGGACUUUUUGGACUUCUUCCCCUCCCACCUCAACUCGCUCGUCCGAGCCCUCAUCCGCGGCUUGACCACAAACCAGCGGCCGGAUGACGCUCAACUCGCAUGGACACUCAUCAAGCGGCUCAAUCAUGAUGGCGCUCCCGUCCUCCCCCUCGUCGAGAUCCUCGCGCUCUCUGCACGGAGCCAACAUCGGGAAACCAUGUUUGAGAUCCUCCGUGCCCAGCCCGCGGAAUCCCUCUCUCUUCUGUGCGACGCCGCUCUUACUUCCCUCAGCCAACAUGCCAAGUCCACCUCGGACCGGCACUCCCUCUCUCACGAAGAAUCCCUCGCUCUCGCCGCAAGCCUCUUUCGCGAGAUGGCGGCCAAGCAGAUCCCUCCUUCCGCCAAGUCGGCCACCGCAAUCAUACGCGGUCUGAUUGGCAUCGGGGAGCUCGACAAGGCGUUAGCCAUGCUCGCCGUGGUUGGCAAUGCCGGUAUUCGCGUAAAAUCAUCGGCGGUCGGCAGUCUUAUGGUACGCUUUGCCCUCGCGGAGCGGUAUGACGCGGCGGACGAGGCGGAGCGGACGUGGCGGACGUCAUUGUUGACUGGGGAUGUUUAUGAUCGAGGCGUGGUCGGGGCGAGGGCGUUGAUGGAUGUCAAGCGGGGGAAGAAGGUGGAUCUGAAGCGGGUGCAGCAAGAGACGGGGUGGAAGGCUAGAGGGCCAUUCCUGAAGUUUUUGAAGAGUCUGGGAGAGGUCCAGGAGGAGGGGCAGGCGGUGGAGGCGGUGAAGCCGGCGGAGCAGCUACUGCAGAUUGGGAGUGGGCAGGCCGAGGAGGUUCAGGAUGUACAGGAAGAGGCGGUGGUGCCAGUGGACUCCGAAACAGGGAAAAGGACGGUGUCGUCAGUCGGCCUGCGCUUCGGCUCCCCGACGAUCAACUUUGGCAUGCCUGGUGUUCGGUACGCGACGGUAUGA